AUGGGAACUACUUAUGACUAUACAUAUGAAUAUGAAGUAACAGAUACAAACAGACAUCAUCGUAAUACUGGUGGAAAUGCUGGACAUUAUACUCAACGAACAGUUGGACAACAACCGCAUUAUGGAGCAUCUCUUCCACAUGCAAGUCGUACAGAUAUGAUGGAUUCAUUAGCCAAUUUACAACAUGAUCGUAUAUGGCACAAACUUUAUGAUCCAGUUGAUGCAGAUAAAGCAACACAUGAAACUGAAAUUCAGAGAAUGGCUCGUCGUCAAGAUCGUAAAGUGAUUAAAAUUGAGGCAGCCUAUGGAUCAGAUCGUCAAACAUUUAUUGUUAAACGUAAUUAUGAUUUACGUGUACGUGAUGUUCAAGAAGAUGCAGCAACAACAUUUCGAAUACCUAUUGAUCAAUUAAUUCUUUAUUGGAAGGGUCGAAAUAUUUGUGAAACACCUAAUGAACUAUUGGAAACAUUAGGUAUUGAAAAUAAUCAUACGAUGCGUGUUUGUCGAGGUGAUGAUUCAGCACAACAACAAAGACAACGAGAAUUACGUUCUUAUGCUACAAUGGAUCAACAAUAUUCAUCAUCAAAUGAUAUUUAUAGACAACAACAACAACAACCUUAUUACCCUCAACAUCAACAACAAGUUUAUUCAAAUUAUCCAACAAUGUAUGAUCAACAACAACAACAACAAUAUACGACUAGCCCGCGUUUCUACUGUGAUUGCACCUGUGCUCACGGCAAUUAUAAUAAUUGUAAUUGUUGUUGUCAUCAUGGCUCCACUAACUAUUAUCAACAAUUGACUAGUCCAAAUAUAUCGGGUCCUGUUGCUGCUACUUAUGUAAUCAAUUUACAAAUUGGUUUUGGUGAUCAUGUUGAAGGUCUUAUUAUUGGUCGACCACAUCCAAUAACAGUUUAUGAUUUACAAGUUGAAUUACAACAACGUUUUAAUAUUCCACUACUCGAACAAAAUGUUUCAUAUAAUGGAAUGUCAUUAGCACAAUUUCCACCUGAUAUUUCACUUGAUGCAAUUGGCAUUGUUAGUAAUUCAUUUGUUUCACUUUGGUAUAAAAAUUUUGCUCCCCAAAAUCAACAACCAUCAAACGAAUAUUAUUCUCCAAGACAACCAGUACCAUUAUCAUAUUCUAACGAUGGAUCUCGAACACCACGUACUAGUGAUAUGUCAUCAAGGCGAAUGGAUUUCAACAACAUCAGUGGAAACGAAACGAUGCCAAAUUCUGGCAAUCAGGAAGUACUCAAAAUUGAAGUAUUUCAUGGUUCUGAUCGACAUGUACUUAUUUUACGUAGCGUAAAUAAUGUACGUAUUAUGGAUUUAAUGGAAGAAUUACAACGUAUAACAACUAUUCCAAUUCAGAAUCAAAAACUUUAUUAUCGUGGACAAGAAUUAAACUUAAUGAGAGAACGUUCAUUACGUGAUGUAGGCAUUGAUAAUAAUGCUCAAGUGAGAUUAAUUGGUGAACCAAUAAAAACACGAUAUGAACCACUGAUUACAGGAAAUCGAGCUAAUUAA